GGAGCAAUGAGGCACGGACGCCCGCAGGCAGAGCGCGUGGAUGGAAACGUGAAGGUGGGACUCUGCCUCUUCCGGCUCAGUGCCUCAUGUCGGCACGCUCCUCAAGUCACCCUCUACUUACGCUCAUUUAUAUUCGCACUCCUAGCAUACCGCCAUAUUCCAAAUAGAACUCACAAUCUGUGCUCUCAAUCGACUACAACGAAGAUCCCUGCGCGACCUCCAUGCUGAGCAGUCAAGACCGGCAUGUAUCCGCCCCUCGAAAACAUUACGAGUCUGACCCUGACCGUCCCCGUCACACCACCGCAUCGACCCAGAGGUAUACCAGCGAGUACGGAGUGGGUACUGCCAUGCCUGACAAGCCGCAUCGUAAUUCCAGACGUGCCGAUACUUCAGGGAACCCCCUUGCCUUCGAGUCAGUGCCUUCAGCCAACAAGUAUUCCAGCCCAAGAGAGCAACCCUACAUGCGUGGACCCUCCUAUUACACGUCCUCGGAGCCGCAAGCUCAGGUGCCGACGGGACCAAUGACGGUCACCGGAGUAGCAAGUAGUUCGCGGUCACGCGCACACGAUCCUGACAUCUAUGCGUACGCAAAACGCAAGACGGACAAGCAGAGUCCUCGCUCGUCAGAGGAGAAGAUCUAUGGUGCUGACCAGAUCAAGCCAUCCAGAGCGACCCAACAGCUACGUAGUGGACACCACACUGCGAACCCCGUUCCUCAGUCAGGAACUGCGUACGCUGCGUCCUCGCAGUACCAGUCUGCACGCGACGCUACGUCAUCUUCUAUGCACCACAAGGAUCGAAACAAAGAUCAAGGGGAACACCGGGAACGCCGGAGAGAUAGACGUCGAGACCAGGAGCGGAUACACGAAGAGGAAGAGCGAUUGCGCGAGAGGGCAGCUAUUGAGAAGGAGCUGGAAAAGCAGAGGAGACGGGAAGAGCGUAGGACAGAGCGGGAUAGAGAGAAGGAACGCGAGCGGCGGCGUGAAGAGAGGGAGUUGGAACGCGCCCGCAGACAUGGGUCUCGUGCUAGAGACGAAUCCCGCACCGUGAAUACUGUCUAUCCCAACGCGGCGCUCGUCGCAUCCAAGCAUCAGGGUUCAACCGACCAAGUGCCAUCUUCAAGCUCCAACGUUGCACUUCCAUCCACACAAUAUGCUAUCGCUGCUGGCAAUCGCCCCCAUGUCACGAACGAUCCACGCCGUGAUAAUAUUUCCUCUAUGCAAACCGCGCCACCGCAUGUACCUGAGAAGGAACGGAAAGCUCGUCGUUCUCAACGCGACAAAGUGCUGGCCCAACAGUACGCGCAAGACUCGGGCGUGUCGAGCAGCGAACAAGAACAGGCCCGAGAGCGGCUUACGAGGGACAGACGACACGCCCUUCGGGAUGCCAAUGGUGAUGCACAUUACUCGGGACCUUCAGGCAGUGAGAACGAACGUGGUCCUGGCUAUGAGCGACGCAAAUACAAGGCGGCGCAAGACCCGUACGCCGCUCUCCGGCAGCAUUCCGUGGGCCCACAAGUCAAUGCAAACAUGCCGUCGUCCAUACAGCAUGGCUCAUACGGGCCGGCAGAUGCCGAAACGCCAGUUGUGCGUAGCAAGACUCCGUUUACACCAGGGCAAGACCGCGCGCGGGAUGUUGGGCCGAUGCCUGUGCAAAUGCAGUCGUCGACACAGUCCGGACAGCAGCUGUCAUACCAUGACUUGGGGUCGCAACAGCAAUCACGCACUUUGAGUCAUCGUCCCUCUCAGAGCGACAUGCCUCGGGGAUAUGGCACGGGUCCGAUGUCGAAUCCAGCAUAUGCGCCCCACGCAGCACAGUCGCAGAGCACCGCUACACCGUUCAGUGUUGGGACUCAGGGCGGCCCAGGCAAUCAACCUACGGUGCAUAGGGAGACUGCACUUGGGGUUGAGGGGAUCCAUCCUAGUACCACAUAUCCGUCCAGCGUCACUGCUCCUAUUGUAACCGCAACACCUCCAAGUAUGACCGUGCCGACCCGCCCUUCUCCCGCCCACAAUCAGCAAAGUCUACCAACUAAAAUCAGUCAUGGUACGCCUCCGACGAAAAACAUCGACGCCCAGAUACGCCACGAUGGCACAAACGCACCGGGGCAUCAUGCUAAGCUCAACAUAUAUCACUCUCCUCACUAUGCGGCCUCGGCAGAAAUCUUCGUACCCGGAAUGCAUCAGCCUCAGACGCAGUCCGUGACAGUGAAUACGACUACGGUCAAGGACCUAGCAGCCAAGUUCCCCUUGAACGAAGACAUCCUAACCUCCGCAUCGUCAUCCACUCUCAAUGCGGGAACCAAUCGCUCCGAACAAGGACCUGCUGCCCUGGCGCAGUAUCCGCCUGGGGCGAAUCUGACGACUCAGGGCUAUCCGAACAGAGAACUCGUUCCACAGGUUUGGCUUCCUCCGGAUAAUCACAACACGACAGCAUCCCAAAAGCAGCCCGCGCCGUUUGAAAAUGACGUGCCUAUUCCUAUCCCGUAUCCGAAGUCCAUGAUACCAGGCUCUGCCCCGUCUCAACCCAUGGCCUCUUCCGCAGCUUAUCAGCAACAGCCGUCGGCCAGGCCCCAAGCCACUCCGCUGCAAUCGAAGACAUCUCCCAUGCCACCGCAAGCACAUAUCCCUACGCAUACUGUACCCAAUCCCGUGAACGUGGCUCCGAAGAUUGCGCAGCCUCCUGUGUCUACCUCUGCAUCUGGCAAUUUCAGUGCAGCUUCUCAUUCACCCGGGCAGAGCUUUCAGCAACCGCCGCAGCGAUCACCAAGUACCCUGAACGGAAUACCGCUUAUGAGUAGUGGAACACCGAAGCAAUCACCGUCCAUGAGACUCAAAGCUCGGAAUGGGUCGACUGAGACCGUAGUCUAUCCUGGCGCUAAGGCGUCCCCAAGUCAUUCUGCGAGACAUAUACCACACCGCACCAGUACCGGAAAUCUCCAGGCUCCAUCACGACCCGACACGAACCCAUCACGACCACAGCCAGCAUCGCAUGAAUACCCAGAUACCUCUCGAUACCGCCCACAGCCCGCCGGAUACUCUACUCCAAAUCCAACAUUCAACUACCAGCCUCCCAUUGCCAACCAGUCCAACGACAGCUACUCACAACCGACUCACAGUCAUCACACGAGGUCCGCUUCGCAGCCUGUUUUACCGAACCCCACCUACGAUAGCCACGGCCAUGCGCCAAGAAGCCACACAUUGCCUGCGGCUGUGCCACCGAGUCCCGCUGCAGCACCUUCAGCGUCAGCCAUAGCGGCGGCGUACAGGAGCGGCAUGUACGGUACCGACAGCGCUGUACGUUCUCAGCCCCUUCCUGACAAGCGCGUCCCCUCCCGAGCUGCUCCAUCUCCGGCGCCAACCUAUCCAGCACAGCAGCAGCAGCCGCCUUCGGCACUUCCAAAGACUGCUUACGCUCUGCAAGCGACUCGAGGCGCAGCACUAUCUACUACCCCCAGCGCCGCGCGUGUGAAUGGUCCUGCAGCGACUGGUCAUUCACGCUCUGUUUCCGACCCACAGCAGAUGGUGAUGGCGGGGCGCGUAGCGAUAUCUGGUCAUCCUUCAACCCCUGCUCCUGCGAAAGCACAGCUGACGUCCCCAUCCGAACAAGAGCUCCUCAUGACCCCAUCGUCUCUCGCACCAUCCAUGUUGAAAGGAGGCAGUAACCAAGGCGGUAACCAGACACCAUUUCCCACCUCUCGACCCGCCCCUCAGCAGUUCGCCAAGCCGCCAUCGACGAAAGAGAGUACACGAAAGAGGGGAGGACUGUUUGGAAUUUUUCGCUCGAGGUCAUCUCCUCCGAAGCAGGAUGCACGAGUUGCAGACGCUCUCGCAGACCCUCCUGUGGCGAAGCCGAGGCAGCGUUCAACCUCCCAGGGGACUAUCAACGCUGUCGCUGCCUCUGUGCGCAACAUCAUAGCACCUCAUCCUCAUCCAAGUCGUAGCGCCGCGCCUCAGCCCGCCCCUAACCCCCCGCCUACCUCCACGCCUAGGACGUCCGGCGAGCGAUCAAGGACUCGUGCUCCGGCAGGUAAUGAUUCAGAGUCUGUGAGGUCGAUGAGGCGACGUGAGCCCUCUUCGCCUCCUCCGCCUCCUCAGGUCCUAGCCUCGCGCCCGGUGCGCACCGUGUCUGAACAGCCCGUGCAAAUAGGCCCGAAUGCGAAGGUCUUCACGCCGUUCCGGCUGAUCACAAAACGACAUCGCACGGUUUCUGCAGCGUCGAACGAAGCGGACCAUGGCACGCAGGCUACGAGCACGAUAAUUGGGGGCGAGUCCGCUAGGAGCUCCACCGCUGGCAGGCUCUCACCUCCGAUACCCCUGAGGGAUCCGAAGGCGGCGACGGAGGUAUGGAUUAACCAAGAGGAGGCUGAGCUCAUGGACCGCGGGACGUGGAGGCGCCGCCGCCCUGGGGUCGUGUUCGACCCGCAAAGCGAGCAAGCGACAUCCGUAAUAAUGGCUCUUUCCGCACGUAUUGACGACUUCUUCACAACUUCUGGCUUCCUGGUCUUUGCAUAUGCGGUUUCCGUUGCGCUGCGCGGCUGGCUUUUGGACUGUGACAUACCCCUCUAG